AUGUCCCCGAGAGGACUCCAGGGCCCGCCCGGACCCCGCCACCCGCCGCGCGUUGCUGGGCAGAGCCUGGCCGCGCGCGCUCCCAUUGGCCGCAGGGACAUUCUGAUCACCAGCCUGGACGCAGCUAUCACCUUCGAAGAGCUCUGUGAGGACGUGCGGGAGAUGUGCCGCCUGCACCAGGGCCAGCCACUCACCCUCAAGUGGAUUGACGAUGAAGGCGACCCCUGCACCGUGUCCUCCCAGAUGGAGCUGGAGGAGGCCUUCCGCCUGUCCGGUCGGUGCAAGGACGAAGGGCUCGUCAUUCACAUGUUCCCCAGCAUCCCCGAGCAGCCCGGCAUGCCCUGCCCAGGAGAGGACAAGUCCAUCUACCGCCGCGGAGCCAGAAGAUGGAGGAAGCUGUACCGCGCCAACGGCCACCUCUUCCAAGCCAAGCGCUUUAACAGGAGAGCAUACUGUGGCCAGUGCAGCGAAAGGAUAUGGGGUCUCGGAAGGCAAGGCUACAAGUGUAUCAACUGCAAACUCCUGGUCCAUAAACGCUGCCACGUGCUCGUCCCGCUGACCUGUGAAAAGCAUAUGGAUUCUGUCAUGCCUUCCCAAGAACCUCCAGUAGAUGACAAGAAUGACGACGGGGUCCUGCCCUCGGAGGAGACUGGUGGAAUUGCCUACAUCCCUUCAUCCCGGAAACACGACAGUAUUAAGGAUGAUUCGGAGGACCUUAAACCGGUGAUCGAUGGGAUGGACGGGAUCAAAAUCUCUCAGGGGCUCGGGCUGCAGGACUUUGACCUCAUCAGAGUCAUCGGGCGCGGGAGCUACGCCAAGGUCCUCCUGGUGCGGCUGAAAAAAAACGACCAGAUCUACGCCAUGAAGGUGGUGAAGAAGGAGCUGGUCCACGACGACGAGGACAUCGACUGGGUGCAGACGGAGAAGCACGUGUUUGAGCAGGCAUCCAGCAACCCCUUCCUGGUCGGCUUACACUCCUGCUUCCAGACGACGAGUCGGUUGUUCCUGGUCAUCGAGUACGUCAACGGCGGGGACCUCAUGUUCCACAUGCAGAGGCAACGGAAACUGCCAGAGGAACACGCCAGGUUCUACGCUGCGGAGAUCUGCAUCGCCCUGAACUUCCUGCACGAGCGGGGGAUCAUCUACCGGGACCUGAAGCUGGACAACGUGCUGCUGGAUGCUGACGGGCACAUCAAGCUGACCGACUAUGGCAUGUGCAAGGAAGGCCUGGGCCCCGGAGACACCACGAGCACUUUCUGCGGGACCCCGAAUUACAUCGCCCCAGAAAUCCUUCGGGGAGAGGAGUACGGGUUCUUACUGGAGUGGUGGGUGCAGGGGCGGGCUCGGGCAAGAGCCCUGGAGGGAGUCAGAACGUUGUGGGACAUGGUCUCACGAUCCCCCUCCCCCACAGUGAUCCUGGAGAAGCCCAUCCGGAUCCCCCGCUUCCUCUCCGUCAAAGCCUCCCACGUCCUCAAAGGAUUUUUAAAUAAGGACCCCAAAGAGAGGCUCGGCUGCCGGCCCCAGACGGGAUUCUCGGACAUCAAGUCUCACGCCUUCUUCCGCAGCAUCGACUGGGACCUGCUGGAGAAGAAGCAGGCGCUCCCUCCGUUCCAGCCGCAGAUCACGGACGACUACGGGCUGGACAACUUCGACACGCAGUUCACCAGCGAACCCGUACAGCUCACGCCAGACGACGAGGACGUCAUCAAGAGGAUUGACCAGUCGGAGUUUGAAGGCUUCGAGUACAUCAACCCCUUACUGCUGUCCACCGAGGAGUCCGUGUGACGGGCAGAUGCCUCGCCCAGGGACACCCGUGUGAAUGACCCUUUAACUCUAUCCUUAACCACAGCAUAUGCAUGCCAGGCUGGGCGUGAGGCUUGGAGUGCGGCCAGGGAGAGACCGGUGCUGCCGGAGCCACGGGGGGCAGCGUCCACAGGCACCCCCCUCUGGGAGAACAGUCUGGGCUUCCGGACCGACAGAUCGGCUCCGUGUGGACAGCAUCUGCCCAUGCCUGGGGCUAACUCGUCGGGCAGAGGCUGCGGGGACCACCGUGACGAUGGUGCGGGCUCUCCAGAAACGGGACUUGAUGCGCUGCCGCCGGCUUCAGGAGGGCGUGCACACACGCGGGGAGUGUCCGGGGAAUAAAGUGUACCUGUGAUGUCGAA